GCUCUCCCCGCGCGCCCCUGGCCAUGGCGGCGCCGCGGCGCCUCCUCAUCCGUGGGGGCCGCGUGGUCAACGACGACGCCUCGCAGGUGGCCGACGUGCUGCUGGAGGACGGCGUGGUGCGCGCGCUGGGGCGGCCUGGGGGGCUGCGGGUGCUCGAGGCCGCGGGCCUGCUCGUGCUGCCCGGCGGCAUCGACACGCACACGCACAUGCAGUUCCCCUUCAUGGGCACCAGGGCCGUGGACGACUUCUACCAGGGCACCAAGGCUGCUCUGGCAGGAGGCACCACCAUGAUUAUUGAUUUCGCCAUUCCUCAGAAAGGCUGCUCCCUCCUCGAGGCCUUUGAGACCUGGCGAAGCUGGGCGGACCCCAAAGUCUGCUGUGACUAUAGCCUGCAUGUGGCCGUGACGUGGUGGAGUGACCAGGUUAAAGAAGAAAUGAAUAUCCUUGCCCGAGAUAAAGGUGUUAACUCUUUCAAGAUGUUCAUGGCUUAUAAAGAUGUGUACAUGGUGAGAGACUCGGAGCUCUAUGCAGCCUUCUCCCAGUGCAAGGAAAUUGGAGCAAUUGCUCAGGUCCAUGCAGAAAAUGGAGACUUAAUCGCAGAGGGAGCAAAGAAAAUGUUGGCCUUGGGGAUCACAGGCCCAGAGGGCCACGAGCUGUGCCGCCCAGAAGCAGUGGAGGCAGAGGCCACGUUGAGAGCCAUCACCAUCGCUGGCGCUGUGAAUUGCCCGCUCUACGUUGUGCACGUGAUGAGCAAAUCCGCAGCCAAGGUGAUAGCAGAUGCUAGGAGAGACGGGAUGGUGGUCUAUGGAGAACCCAUAGCAGCGGGUCUCGGCACUGAUGGGACCCAUUACUGGAAUAAAGACUGGCACCAUGCAGCCCAUUACGUCAUGGGCCCACCCCUGCGACCGGAUCCAUCAACACCUGGCUUUCUCAUGAACCUACUGGCUAAUGGUGAUCUAUCCACAACAGGAACUGACAACUGCACUUUCAACACCUGCCAGAAAGCUCUUGGGAAGGAUGACUUUACAAAGAUUCCCAAUGGGGUGAAUGGUGUUGAGGACCGGAUGUCAGUGAUAUGGGAAAAAGGCGUGCAUAGUGGUAAAAUGGAUGAAAACCGCUUUGUGGCAGUUACCAGUACAAAUGCAGCCAAAAUCUUUAAUCUUUACCCAAGAAAAGGAAGGAUCGCUGUAGGGUCAGAUGCUGACAUUGUGAUUUGGGACCCAAACGCCACAAGGACUAUCUCAGCCCAAACUCAUCAUCAAGCCGUCAACUUCAACAUCUUUGAGGGCAUGGUCUGCCAUGGAGUGCCGCUGGUGACUAUCUCCAGAGGCAAAGUGGUGUAUGAAGCUGGAGUUUUCAAUGUCGCUGCAGGAGAUGGGAAGUUUAUUCCCCGCAAGCCAUUUGCUGAAUAUAUUUACAAACGAAUCAAGCAGCGGGACCAGACUUGCAUGCCAAUGCCAGUGGAUCGAGCACUGUAUGAUGGAGAAGUUAUCACACUGAAAUCCAGAGAGACAAAAGAGGACUCCAUAGCCAGGGCCCAGAUGCAGGCUCAUUCCUAAUCUGGGUGCUGUGGGUAAAAUCAGAGCAAAGGAUGCUGAAGUUCCCUUCACAGCCAAAUCCUGUCAGCCCAUCGAGAAACAGGUCUUAUUUCAACUCUGCAAGAUCCUUUAGGAAAAAUAAUCGCUCUGGGUCUCUUUGAUUCUCUUUCACAAGCAAGACCUGUCUUCUGCACUGUGCCUUUGUGGCUGCAUAAGAUUGAAGAUAUAAAUGAAUAUUAUUAUAAUGGAAAGUCUGUUUGAAGAGUCAUUGAUAAUUCUUUAAAAUAUUAUCUUGGCUUGCACUAGAUUUCUGCCUUUGAAUUUUUAAAAAUCAUUUUCUCCUUCAAAUUUUUUAAUGGCUAUAUUUGUUUUAAGAUGGUAAUUUGAUUUUCCUUUUUGUUACAAUUAAUAAACAUUGA